CAAGCUUUAGUGCAGAUUGAAGAAUGAAGUGCUAGUGACCGGCUGUGGUGCUGUCAUGGUUUACAAAUUUAUUUAAUGUGUUAACAAAAAAACAACCUAAGGAGCUAUGUCGCUUUCAACAGCGCGGUCGUUUUUAUCGGAAGCUGCUUAUGGAGAACAAGAGCUUGACGCCAACUCGGCUCUUAUGGAGCUGGACAAAGGGUUGAGGUCGGGAAAGCUCGGGGAGCAGUGUGAGGCUGUGGUGCUCUUCCCCAAACUCUUCCAGAAGUAUCCUUUCCCCAUCCUCAUCAACUCUGCCUUCCUGAAACUAGCAGACAUCUUCAGACUCGGAAACAACUUCCUGCGCCUGUGUGUGCUGAAGGUGACACAACAGAGCGAGAAACACCUGGAGAAGAUCCUCAACGUGGAUGAAUUUGUCAAACGGGUGUUUUCUGUCAUCCACAGCAAUGAUCCCGUGGCAAGAGCGAUCACCCUCAGGAUGCUUGGUAGUUUGGCGUCAAUCAUCCCUGAGAGGAAAAAUGCUCACCACAGCAUUCGCCAAAGCCUGGACUCUCACGACAACGUAGAAGUGGAGGCUGCCAUAUUUGCUGCUGCGAGCUUCUCUGCACAAUCAAAAGAUUUUGCAGCUGGAAUCUGCAACAAAAUCAGUGAGAUGAUUCAAGGUUUGGACACUCCAGUGGACCUGAAGCUGAAGUUGAUCCCCAUGCUGCAGCACAUGCACCAUGAUGCCAACCUGGCCUCCAGCAGCAGAGAGCUCCUGCAGCAGCUGGUCACCUCUUACCCCUCCACGCCCAUGGUCAUUGUCACCUUGCACACCUUCACCCAGCUGGCAGCCUCCUCUCUCAUCGAUAUUCCUAAGCAGUUGCAGCUUCUUCUUCAGUACCUGAAAGAUGACCCCAGGAAAGCUGUCAAGAGACUGGCAAUUCAGGACUUGAAGCUCUUGGCUAAAAAGGCUCCUCACCUCUGGACCCGGGAAAACACUCAGACCCUGUGUGAGUGUGCCCUGACCAGCCCUUACAAUAGUCUGAAGCUGGGGAUGUUGGCUGUCCUCUCCACCCUCUCUGGAACAAUUGCCAUCAAGCAGUACUUGAGCCCUGUAACAGGUAGCUCUUCGGUUCCCCCUCGGCUCACUGACCUGGUUAAACUGGCACAGGAAUGCUGUUACCACAGCAACCUGGCAGUGGCUGCUCAUGGGGUUAUUGUGCUCACCAACAUUUCAAUUUCCUGUCCAGAGAAAGAUAUAGUACAUUUGGAGCAGGACACAGUUUUGGGAGUGGAGUCUCUUCUGAUGCUUUGCAGUCAGGACAGCAGCCCGAGUGCACAGGCCACGCUCAAAACCACCCUCACCUCAUUGGUUCAGCUGCUGAAGAGCCGACCCCACCUCAGCCAGUCAGCAGUAGAGUUCCUGCUCGGCCAGCUCCACUCCUCCUGCGACUCUUCCCGUGUUCUCAUGUGCCAUGCUCUGGCAGCCAUCGCCACCCACCUACCAGUGUUGGGAGAUGGCAUGCUGGGAGAUCUGGUGGACCUCUACAGAGUGGCCAGUCACUCCUCCACUGACAAGCAGCAGGAGCUCCUGGUUUCCUUGGCAACAGUGAUUUUUGUGGCGAGCCAGUCCUCUCUGUCAGCUGAAGUGAAGAUGGUCAUCAAACAGCAGCUGGAGAACGUGGCUAAUGGCUGGACGGUGUACCGCAUCGCUCGGCAAGCCUCUCGCAUGGGAUGCCACGAGCUGUCCAGCGAGCUGUACCAGAGUCUGCGAACCCGUGUGGCAUCAGAACACUUCUACUUUUGGCUGAACAGCCUGAAAGAAUUCUCCCAGGCCGAGCAGUGCCUGAGUCACGUGGAGGACGGAGACUACAGUGCAGCCAUGAGCGCCAUCGCCGAGGCUUUGCGCUCCUACCAAAAGGGCAUCGCCUCCCUCACAGCUGCGAGCACUCCUCUGAGCCCACUUACAUUCCAGUGUGAGUUUGUAAAGCUGCGUAUUGACACCCUGCAAGCCCUGUCGCAGCUCAUUUGUACCUGCAACAGCCUGAAGACCAGCCCCCCUCCUGCCAUCGCUACCACCAUCGCCCUCACUUCGGGUAAUGAUCUGCAGCGCUGCGGACGCAUCUCCAUGCAGAUGAAGGUAUCCAUGGAUGAGUUCAGAAGCCUUGCUGCUCGUUAUGCUGACUUACACCAGUCAUCAUUCGAUGCAGACUAUGCCACCCUGCGUAACGUGGAGCUACAACAGCAGAGCUGCCUGCUGGUCUCCCAUGUAAUAGAGGCUCUGAUACUGGACCCACAAGCAGCCAGUUUUCAGGAGUAUGGCACCCUGGGGUCGUUCCAGACAGAGAGUGAGUAUGAGAGACGGAUGAUGUCGGUCUUCAACCACGUACUAGAGGAAGUGGAGGGCCUUAGCAAGAAACACCCUCCUGUCUCUUACUUGCAUACAGGUUGUCUCUGUGACGCUGUCAUAGCUUUGCUCAAGGUCCCACUGUCCUUCCAGAGGUACUUCUUCCAAAAACUCCAGUCAACCAGCAUUAAGCUUGCCCUCUCUCCAUCCCCGCGAACACCAACUGAGCCGAUCCCGGUGCAGAACAGCCAGCAGCUGACUCUGAAGGUGGAAGGGGUGGUGCAGCACGGCUCGACCCCAGGACUCUUCAGAAAGAUCCAGUCUGUCUGCCUCAAUGUCACUUCCAUUCUCCAGAGCAAGACGGGGCCUGACUACAAGAUUCCACUUGAUUCCAAAACCAAUGAGAUUGAGCAGCGGGUAGAACCCCACAACGACUACUUCAGCACGCAGUUCCUGCUUAAUUUCUCCAUUCUGGGCACUCACACUGUCACUGUAGAGGCGUCAGUGGUGGAUGAGAGCGGCAUUGAGUGGAAGACCGGGCCUAAGACCACGGUGUCGGUGAAGUCCCUGGAGGAUCCGUACUCCCAGCAGCUCCGCCACCAGCUGCAGCAGCAGGGCGGGGCGCAGUCUGCUCCACAGAGAAGUGCAUACGCCCGCUUCUAGUCAAUGUUCCCUCAAUGCUCUACCUUCAGAGCUCAUGAACAGCUCGCUUUGCUCGUGUAUGUACUCGACAUGUUAUGUCUUGCAGAAUCCUAGGAUAAAUUGUAAAAUUUUUUUCAAUGAUUAAAAGAUCCAAUGUAAGUUU